GUCAACAUGGCAGGCAGGAGGAACCCAGCUCUGCUCUCAGCGCUGCUCUUCAUGGCGGUGCUGUCAGCGUCAGCAUUUGUGGAGGAGCUUGAUGAUUCCUUCAUGGCGUCAAAGGGAUCAGGCGAGAUCUGGCUCAUUGAGUUUUACGCCCCCUGGUGUUUAUUCUGUAAGAAGCUGGAUCCUGUCUGGCACCAGAUCGGGUCAGAACUGACCAGUAGCGGUUCUAUGGUCAACGUCGGAAAAUCGGACGCCACCGUGAACACCGGUUUGGCCAAAGAGUUCAGGGUCAGAACUUACCCAGCCAUCCUCAUGUUGAAGAACAACGUUAAAUACAAUUACGCUGGACCCAGAACCAAAGAUGGCAUCAUGGACUUCGCUGACAGAGUUUCAGGGCCGCUGGUUCGAGUCCUGAGCAGUCUCCAGCUGUUCCAGCACGCCAUGAGACGCCAUGACAUCAUGUUUGUUUAUGUGGGAGGGACUUCAGAGCUCAAGGGAAACUUCACAUCAGUAGCCGAGGAGCUCAUUGUCCAACUCUACUUCUUCUCAGCCACCAGAGAUGUGCUGCCCAAGGGCGUGUCUCUGGCCUCUCUGCCGGCUGUCAUGGUUUUCAAAGAUGGGACAUACUUCACUUAUAAUGAGGAACAGGACGGUGACCUGAAUUCCUGGAUCAAGAGAGAACAAUUUCCAAAUUUCUUCGAGAUUGACAGCUACACGCUAUAUGCCAUGGGAGACUCAGGUAAACUGGUGUUGUUGGCUCUGCUGGACGUGAGGCGACUGUGCGAUAAAAGCCUGAGGUAUAAGAGCUUGGUGGAGAAGGUAGCUCUAGACCACAAAGACACCUACAGCAGGAGCUUCCACUUUGGCUUCAUGCGAGGUGGAGAUUACGUCAAUGGUCUAGUGAUGGGCGAGGUCAGUGUCCCCUCUGUCAUUGUGGUCAAUCUGUCCAACGAUGGCUUCUUCGUGCCAACUGGCGCUGUGGAGACAGAGCGCCACCUGCUGGACUUCCUGGAUGGGGUCCUGGAUGGCAGCAUCCAGUUUCAGGGAGGAAAUGGAGUUGUUCAGCGUGCCAAACGUAUCGUUUAUGAGACCAGAAUGACUUUGACACCCUUGUUCACAGCGGCACCAUGGCUCGGGGGUUUCCUUGUUGUCUUCCCACUCACCGCCGUCGCUUUCUUCGGUUACCUCUUCUUCAAGAAGACCCCGACCACAGUAGAUGAUGAGGACCAAGUGGCGCUGUUAGGACCGUCCCUGCAGCAAAAUGACAAGAAAAAAGACAAGAAGAAGGACUGAUAUGGAGGGAUGGGACAAGGACUGGUGGCAGAGACUGGGACAAGGACUCGUGAAGCAAACACCGGGAUGAGGACUGAUGGUGAAGACCAGGACUAGGAUUGAUGUCUAUGACCAGGACAAGGGCCAUUAGCGAAGACCAGGAUGAGGACUGAUGGUGAAGACUGGGACGAGCACCGGUCUGGUCCAACAAUAAAGAAUUUGUUAUGUCUGGUCUUUUGUUGCAUUGGUCAGAAAAUAAAUAAUAAACAAAUCACAUCUUCUGUUCUGCUGCUUCACUGGGUGAAUAUUCCUGCUGGGACAGAUUCAAAGGGUACAUACAUUAGUCAUGUCUGGACAUAGAAAAAAAAAAAAAAAAAUGCAUGGCAACCAGGCAGAUAAAAGAUAUUUAACUAGACAACUGUUCAAAAAAUAAACUGCAUUGAGAUAUAAAGUGCCACAAGGGUGGUUUGCAGCAGCCGGCAUGUACACUCUGUGUGCAGCUUAGUAAUAUGGUUUGUCAUGAGCUGAGUGACCAUGUUAGCUGUUGGAGAUAAAACUGCAGCAGUCUGUUAGUGCAGGUUUUGAUUGACCUGUAACGCUUGAAGAGUUCAUCACUGUGGUGAAAGGUGUCCUUGAUGAUGUGUUUUGCUCCGCUGUGGUCAUGGAUGUUGAUAAUGUUCUCAAGUGAGGGAAGGGGGGAGCCCAUAACGUUUUGGGCAGUUUUUAAAACCCUUACUAGAGCCCUCUUGUGUGCUGCUGUACAGCAUGCAAGGUAUUGAAACAAGACAAGUGAGCGUGAUAGUACUGAAUGUUAAAGAGACCUGUGAUAGAUGUUGAGCUUUUUUUAGCAUUUA